AUGAUGGGCAUUGGUCGAUUUGGGGAUGGCCUGUCAUCGCUGCGUGCCAUCGGCCAGCGCGAGCAGCGUCCGCUUGCACAGGCGGGAAAGCUCGCCCAUGGCGUCGAGGCCCAGCCCAUUUCAUCACUGCGGCCUCGAUCGGUCCCUGUUGUGGAGGAGAGGCAUUUUGGGGGAGGGUACGCGCAGUCUGGCGAUCGGCAAAAGGGGCCGCGCCAACAGGUGCCUGGUGGCCCUAUUGCUGAUCUCGGAUGGCACGAGUUGAUUGUAAUUCGGGACAAUCAGAAAGCAUAUCCUGGGCGGCUUUUGGACUGCAGUGCUGCCACACAUGUUUGGAUGGCUUGCCCCUGUCACCAGGCAUGGAUGGCGUCGGCAUGA